CUUGUCCCUCGCAAUCCAUUUAUAAUUUUCUUGGCUUCGCAUCGUCUCUGCAGAGAAAUCCUUCGUCUACGCCGUCGGCAUUCUUUCUGAAGAACCAGAGAGAGCCUCCGCGGGGGAGGAGCGGCAGACUGAAGCAAGAAAGAGAGGGAGAAAGAAAGACAGAAUCCUUCUCCAUCGAACUUCGCUCGAUCAAUGGAGCCGUCAGAUCUUGACGCCUCGCCGGCGGGCCGGCAGGCCGAACAGUCGACAGCCGUGUUCGGUUACGAGCCCACCUCGCAUAUGAAGAACCUCCCUCGCGACGCUCGCGGCUCGCUCGAGGUGUUCAACCCGUCGUCCUUCUCCCGACCCACCUCAUCUCCGGUGCAGACCACCUACCAGCCGAGAUGGUCUCCCCAGGCCUCGUGGUCCCUCAAAGAAGACGAAAAGCUUGCGGAGCCGCCGGCGAAGGAGGAGCCCGGCGGGUGGUUGGCCAUCAAAGAGGAGAAGCUGCCAGUGAAGCAGGUGCCCGGUGCGCCGAUAGUCAUCAAGGAGGAGAACCAGAACCGCAGCGCCGCCGGUGGCGAAGGUGGGCAGAAGGCGAAGGCGGCAACGGAAGAAUGGAAGACGGGAUCGGUGGUGAACACGGAGGAGCUGGACAAGCUGUGGCAGAAGGAGAAGGCGUCGCCAGAGGCGGGGAUGGCGAAGAGGGUGGCGGAGUGGGGGCUGGUUUUGAAGACGGACGACGAGACGGGGAAGCCGCAGGGGGUGGCGGUGAGGAAGUCGGGGGAGGAGGGGAGGCCCGCAUCGUCGUCGUCACAGAGGAACUCGGCGACCUCGGCGAGGACCUCCGGGGAGGAGUCGGACGGAGGAGGGAAGGAGAAGGGGCUGCCGAGGGUGUCGAGGGACCUCAAGGACGCACUCUCAGCGUUCCAGCAGACGUUCGUCGUCUCGGACGCCACGAAGCCGGACUACCCCAUCCUCUACGCCAGCGCCGGCUUCUUCAAGAUGACGGGCUACACUUCCAAUGAAGUCGUCGGCCGCAACUGUCGCUUCCUCCAAGGAGCAGGAACAGAUCCAGAAGAUGUUGCAAAGAUCAGAACUGCACUCCAAACAGGAACGAGUUACUGCGGCCGCCUGCUCAACUACAAGAAGGAUGGCACUCCCUUCUGGAAUCUCCUCACCAUUUCACCAAUCAAGGACGAGACAGGGAAGAUCCUCAAGUUCAUAGGCAUGCAAGUGGAGGUCAGCAAGCACACAGAAGGAACCAAGGAGAAGAUGAUGAGACCUAAUGGGCUGCCGGAAUCGUUGAUUCGAUACGAUGCUCGACAGAAGGAGCUCGCGGAGAGCUCCGUCACCGAGCUCGUACUGGCGGUGAAGGAUCCAGACUCCGUGCCCAUGCCGAAGGAGAAGCCGGCGUUCAGGAGGAGGUCGGAGGGCAGCACCGGGGAGGAGGUGAAGAGGACGGGCGCAGGGCGCAGGUUCUCGGAGACCAUUCCUCCCAAGGAGAAGCGGAAUUCCGGCUCCGGCGGCGCGAAGCCGUCUGUCAUGGAGAGCAUCAGUGAAGUGCCUGAGGCCAAGAAGCGGCCCAGGAAGUCGGGGCUGCGCUCCUUCAUCCGGCUUAAGCGGAAAAGCCAGGCUCGCGCAGAGGAACAAGUUCCAGAUCCGGCGGAAGCUGCUCUGGCUCCCCGGAGCGACAACUCGAGCGAGGCAAGUGAUGAGGAGAGAGAUGCAAGCAGCAUAGAUGACAAAGUGAGGAAGAAGGAGAUGAGGCGGGGUAUGGACUUAGCCACCACCCUCGAACGUAUAGAGAAGAACUUUGUGAUCACUGAUCCCAGACUUCCGGACAAUCCAAUUAUUUUUGCCUCAGACAGUUUCCUGGAGCUAACAGAGUACACCCGUGAAGAGAUCUUAGGUAAAAACUGCAGGUUUCUGCAGGGACCUGAAACUGAUCCUGCCACUGUUAAAAAAAUAAGACAUGCAAUUGACACUGAAACAAGUGUUACUGUUCAACUAUUAAACUACACUAAGACCGGGAAGAAGUUCUGGAAUCUAUUUCAUCUACAACCAAUGAGAGACCAUAAGGGGGAGGUGCAGUAUUUCAUUGGAGUGCAACUUGAUGGUAGUGAACAUGUUGAGCCACUUCAAAAUGGUCUUCCAGUAGAAAGAGCAAAAGAGGGUGAACAACAGGUGAAACAAACUGCGGAGAAUGUAGAUGAGGCUGUGCGAGAGCUUCCAGAUGCUAAUACGAAACUAGAAGAUCUCUGGACUGUUCACUCUAAAGUGGUGGCCCCCAAGCCUCAUAGAAAGGGAAACCCAUCUUGGAGAGCUAUCCAAAAGGUUUUGGAAAGUGGUGAGCAAAUAGGCUUGAAACACUUCAGACCAGUGAAGCCCUUGGGCUCUGGAGACACGGGAAGUGUCCAUCUCGUGGAGUUGUGUGGAACAGGAGAACAGUUCGCUAUGAAAGCUAUGGAUAAAAAUGUUAUGCUUAACCGCAACAAGGUACACAGGGCUUGUGCAGAAAGAGAAAUACUUGAGAUGCUGGACCACCCUUUUCUUCCUGCAUUAUAUGCUUCGUUUCAGACCAAGACUCAUGUUUGUCUUAUUACUGAUUAUUACCCUGGAGGAGAACUAUUUAUGCUGUUGGACCAACAACCCAUGAAGGUCCUCCAGGAAGAUGCUGUAAGAUUCUAUGCUGCUGAAGUUGUUGUUGCAUUGGAAUACCUCCACUGUCAAGGUAUAAUAUAUAGGGAUCUAAAACCCGAAAAUAUCCUAAUUCAAAGUGAUGGCCACAUAUCUCUGACUGAUUUUGACCUAUCAUGCAUGACAACUUGCAAGCCCCAGCUUUUAAUGCCUCCACCUCCUGAAAAGAAGAAACAAUAUAAAGCCCCAAUGCAUCCCAUUUUCAUGGCCGAACCUGUGAGGUCAUCAAAUUCUUUUGUUGGAACUGAAGAAUACAUUGCACCGGAAAUUAUAACUGGAGCUGGACAUACUAGCGCAGUUGACUGGUGGGCUCUCGGCAUUCUUUUGUAUGAGAUGUUCUAUGGAUACACACCGUUCAGGGGGAAGACAAGGCAAAAGACAUUUACUAAUGUUCUUCAAAAGGAUCUUAAGUUCCCUGCUAGUAUUCAGGUAAGCCUCACAGCCAGGCAGUUAAUGUACAGUUUGCUCAGUCGAGACCCCAAACAGAGAUUGGGUGCACGUGAAGGGGCUAAUGAAAUUAAGCAACACCCGUUCUUCCGUGGUGUCAAUUGGGCUCUUGUGAGAACCAUGAAACCUCCUAAACUUGAUGCACCGGCCCAAGGAGCAGAUGCUGAAAAACAAACAGAAGCUCCAAACUCAAAAGAGAGCGAAGCAAUGCUGGAUCUCCAAACAAAUGUCUUCUGAAAGGUUGGAGUUGGACUGGCUGUUGCUUCCAAGGCAAAAUGAUGAAUCUUGAAAUCAAGCCAUCUGUACCCAUGGACUGGUAUUGGUACUCUGUGUUCAUAUGUUCAAAUGGUGAUGGUGUUCUUGUGUUUUAUUCUUCA